AUGUUCCCCAUACCUCGGCUGAUCACACCGUUGAAGUACUACUUUCAAAUUUCGGUCCACCCCAAGUCAUCGCACUUAUUGGUUCCGCCUAUGACACUUACGAUCCAAGCCAGCCAGCACUUAUCGAGUGUAUCCGUGGUCUGGUGCGGCAUUGGCUCGCCCCCGACCUCGGUCCUCGACCGAAUUAUGACGGAUAACCUGGUCCUACUCGAUAUUUUGUACUCUGCACUAUCCCAUUCCACGGCACUACAUCGUGCAGACCCGAUCCGUAGCACAGAGGUGGAGUGGGAUGACCCAGCAACACUGAGUGAUACACCAUCUAUCGAGGAAUUCGCACACGAGCAACUACUUGCAAAGAAGAACCCGCACGGGGCAGAAGUUUUAAAGAACGUCCACGACCGGUUGGGUAUCAACUUUUGUAAGCAACAGCAGAAGAAGAUUUACGAGCAGGACGCCUCAUGUGCGACCGUGUAUACACCAGAAAAGGAGUCGCCAGAACUACCAACACCUUCACCGACACCGGCAAGCAUUGAAGCAAGCCGCCAAGUGCUUCACGCACGCAUACUUAAGUUAUCGGAUGAACUGUGCCAGACGAUAGUAGACGACAACACAGCUCGUGUCGACGCCCUUUGA